UUAAUUUUUUCUUUUUAAACCAGGCUCAUCACACUCAUCCGGCACGUGGUCCGUCUCCUUGUUUCAACUGUCCUUCACUGUGUCCACGCUUCCUGUCUCACAUGAAGAUUCCUGUUGACCACCUCAGACCUCUGCGUCUCCACAGCUCCACCUACAGACCACAUCCUCCACCCAACAACCCCGUUCCCCCUGCUCUACAGGGCCAGGAGCUCGAGGGGUAUUUUCACUUAGAUCCACAAAGAAGAGGAAAUAAUAAUGUGGAAACAAAGAAUCUGAUCGCAGGAAACAGUUCUGCUGCUGCUGCUGCUGCUGCUGCUGCUGCUGAAGUUGCUGCCUCUGCUGUGGAUGAUGUUGUGCCCUGCCCUUCACCUGCCGACAGCCCAGCACCACCGAUCAUUAUUCCAUCAGCUCUGCAGUCUGACAACCCACACUCUGAAAAAGAAAAACCCAAACCAGAAGAGGAUACUCAAUCUCCUUCCUCUUCUCCCUUUCACCUUUUCUCACCUGAGAGACAUGAACCUCAAGAGGAUGGAAAAGUACCACAGGAAGUUCCUGCAAUGUCCGUCCCUGGACUGGAGGGGGCGCCUUUCCGAGGGCCUGCUGGAUGGGAGCUCCUGUCAACAACAACCCCUCUCUCCCAGGAGUCUUUGUCUGAUUUUAGUCGUCCUCCCUCCAGUUUAUUCAGCCGCAGCACUGACCUGAGCGGCAGGAGCAGCAACUUUUCAGGACUGUGCAGCGACUCAGACCCAGAGCUCAGUGACCAGUCACACCAACAUCAGCCUUCCUCGGGGCUACAGUUACCCCAGACCUCUGCAUCUACUCUGAGGACCAUCCCUCAACAAUCCUUUACCAACAAUUUCACCUCUAAAUCUCCCCUCUGUGAACCGGUUUUUGACCAAAUCCAACAUCCGUCCUCUCGACCAUCUUCACACCUUCAACCUGUUUUGGACAAGCCUCCGAGUCGUCACCACGGCAUCAUAAAAGAAGACAACUACAACCAGGAUGUUUUCACGGAGCCUGUGCCUGAUUCAUCUUUGGUUUCUGACCAAGGCCAUCUCCCACUGGCUUUAACCUCCGCCACUUGGUCUUCCUGUCCAAGUCCACAAAGGUCCACGCCGAGAUCGAGAGAAAAGCUCAACCCCUCUCCUCCACCCGGUGUCCUGCAGUCUCAAUGCUGGUCCGUCUUACCACCCAUCACCCCAUUCAAAGGGCGCAGUGGCUCGGCAGCGUCACGGUUCUCCGAGGUCAGCUGCAGUCAGUCUUACGUCUUUGAUGAAUUAGAGGCCAUCGCUCCCACGUCUACGUGCUGUCCAUCAUUGGACGAGGCCUCCGACUCCUCGGUUUGCUCUUCGCCGGAAACAGAUCUGUCUCCCGGCCUGGCAGCACUGACCGUGGGCUGUGACUCAGGGAAGCUGGAACCCUUGUCCAGGGUCCAGCUGCUCCUUUUGGACCGAGCAGAGCCUGAGAUGCUGCCCGGUCACUGUGGUAUGGAGGAAGAGGAGGAGGAGAGAGAGGAGGAAGAGGAGUUAAUGUCCAUGGAGGACUGGGAGGUUUUGAGGAAGCGAUACAACACAGGGCAGACGACAGGAGUUGUCAUGAGGCCCCUCACAGCUGGCGGCGUCUCUGAAAGGUGCCACUCCGCAGGGAAAGUCCAGGACAACAAAUCGGAUUGGUCCGACGGAGGCUCAGGAUCUCCAUCAUCCUGGAUCAUUGACCCCAGUCCUUCAAGCGACAUGUUCAGAUCCUCGCUGUCUCCCGACUCCUCCAAUCACAAUAAAGACGGUCCGGCUGAGGAGGGGCCCAAUUAUCCAGGACACAGUGACGACACUGAGUCCUCAGACCCAGGGAGGAGUCCAGAGGGUCUUGAGGAGGAGAGAAGAAUGGAGGAGAGGAGGACCAUAGCGUUGGACAUGCUGUCCAAACUGCAGGACGACCAGCCUCGUCGGAGCAAAGGCACCAAAGGCUGUUUCACUUUUGAAGACUUCGACUUUUUGGCCAAGUACUGCAUUUUCAGUGAGGAUAAGCUGGAGGAGUACAGACAAGUUUUUGAAGCCGAGGACACGGAUGCUGACGGCUACAUCUCCAGCCUUCAGGUUGUUCUUGGUCUUAAGAACGUCGUUCCCCCGGAGCUUCUUUCAGAGGAAGAAGAGAUCUACGUCUAUAGGAUCCUGGAGAUGGUGGACUUCAGGGUGACAGAUGGACUCGUGGACCUCAGGCUCUUCUCUGUGAUCGCCAGUCUGGCACAGAAGAUCGCCACCAUGGAUGACUUCAUGCGAUCCCUGAUCAGCAGCACCGACUUUCGUUCUCUGGAGGUUCGGCUCUUCAAAGCAAAGCAGCUGUUCCUGUUCCUUCUGGAGGAACAGCGAGGAGACUCAGCCACACCUCAGCGUGGAUUCAUCAGCGCCGAGCAGCUCCUGCUGGAGCUGAAAGCCGGGGGUAUCCGUCUGGAGCAGGAGGCGUCCGUCAGGCUGGAGCUGCAGCGUCUUCCUCCUCUGGACCUGCUGGACUUCCUGGCCUACCUGCCUCUCUUCAUGCUCAUCCACAAGUCCGUCAUCGCCAACCCUCUGGACGACUCCUGCACGUCCUGACCUCAGUCGUUUGGACUGUGGAGCUACAACAACACUGAAGGUGGCGGUGGUGGACACUGGACUCAAACCAGUGUUUCUCACAUGUCCUGUGCUUCUGUGUGAAACCCAGUUAGAGAAAACCAUGGGAUGAAAACGUAGACUCUACACAGAAAGGUCGGGAAUCAAACUGGCAAACUAUGACCUUGUUGCUGUAAGGCAAGCAGACCAAUCACAUUUUCCAUCUUGCGCUCCAGUCUUUUUUUAUAUUAUAUAAUAUUUGUUACAAUAUUUUGAGCUCAGUACACAGCAGUGGUCAUCAACUGUUGGCCUGCGGGCCAAAUCUGGCCCAACAAACCAUCCAAUCCGACCGGUAACUGGAUUCCAAAAUUAACAUUAAAUAAUAACGUUAGACAAAAUAAAAAAUAUAUAUUUAAUUUUAUUUGAGUGUCCAGCCUCCAGGGAGUCUGUCCAGAAAAAGUCUGGCCCUUUGACAAAACAUACACUGCCGUGCUGUUUGACUGGAGUCGGUUUAUCUUUGUCUCUGUUUGUUUGUUUGGUUUAAUCUUAAUGUCUUAAUGACUUCAUUCAUUCAUCAGUUUCUAUUAAUCAUCUGUUGAAAAACUGCUAAACUUCUCCUCCAACCACGACAGAAAUCCUUUUUGCGUGUUGUAGUACCCUUUUAAACCCAUAGUGGCCACUUCAUUUCGUCACAUCUUUAAAGGUAAUUCAUUUGAAUUCCACCUUUUAUGUAUGAGCUUUAUUCUAGAGUUCAACUACAGGGGACUCAAACUCCAGGCUAGUUUUAGUUUUCUUUUGAAUUUAUUAAUUCAUCAUUAAAAAAUGCAAAACAAUCUUUUUUUCUUUUUUAAAUUUUAUUAUUUUGUGUUCAUAUCUUAUACAUUUUUUAAAAUAAAUUUUCUAGUUAUAGUGCGUUUUCCUGUUGUAAACUUUCAACAAAAACCUUUGACAACUCCAGUAACUCCAAUGAAAUUGCAGCUCUCUAUAAAUUGUCUACGCUCUGCUCUCAGGAGCCCCCUGGUGGUCUGUAAAUAAACCUACUUUUAGAGAA